GUUUGUCAAUGUCAACGGAAACUGGGUGUAAAAUUGUAAACAUAUUUACUUUGUAUGUUGUAUUUUUAAUAUAAUUUACUGAGUUGUAUUUAUCACAAACAGUACAAAAUGGACCAAGACACUGCUAAAAAGCUCCUCGUUGAAGGAGGAACAUUUGUGUUUCUCGGUGUACCCGAAGAGACGCAAUUUGGUAUUGAUAUGCAAUGUUGGAACACAGACGAAGAUUUUCGUGGAAUAAAAAUGAUUCCGCCGGGCAUUCACUAUAUUCACUAUUCUGCUGUAAGUAAAGGAACUGGAGACAUUUCACCAAGGUCAGGGUUUAUGCAUUAUUUCGAAAAAAAGGAGUUCAUGGUUAAAAUGUGGGAUAAAAAUAUGGAAGAUAUAAGUAAGGAUGAAAUCAGCGAAGAAAGUAUUCAGCGUCUAAAAGACAAUCUUCUUAACAUAGAUAAACAUCUAGCUCCCUAUCCAUAUGAGAUUUGGCAAAAAUGGAAACUGUUAACCUCACAAAUAACAGCUGAAUUAGCAAAGAAAUUAUCUCCAAUAAAUGGUCUUAUCAGAGCUUCUGUUGACCUUCUUCCCAUGAGUGAUAAGGAUAGACCUAGAGGGGUUAAAGCAAAUGAAUCAAUGGAAUCCGAUUCUGAAUUAAAAGGCUGUCAAAGUGGUCAAUCUACAUCUGGCCAGUCUGAUGCUAAAAGGGUUAAAAGAACUACAAGAGAAGAAAAAGAAAAGGCUAUGUUACCAGAUUUAAAGCCAGCCCCAGGAGCAGCAAUGAGGUUUACAGAAAUACCUCAAGAUAAAUACCCACCAGGUUCUACAGCAGAGGAAAUCACAAAGCACUAUUUAGACCAAUCUUAUACUUUAGAUCUCAUGAUCUCACAACAUGAUGAGCCUCUACAUAUCAUUGGUGAGCUUCAAUUUGCAUACCUUUGUUUCCUUAUUGGGCACUCCCUUGAGGCUUUUGAACACUGGAAAAAUCUAGUAGUUUUACUAUGCUCCUGUGAUGAAGCUAUUCACAAACACAGGAGUGUUUUCUUCCACUUCAUCAGAACAAUAGAGAUACAAAUAGAUGAAAUGCCAGAAGAAUUUUUGGCAGAUAUUGUUAUGAAUAAGAAUUUAGUUUAUAAGAAAUUACGAGAGUUCUUCCGCACAGCAUAUGCUAGCAAGGUGGAUGGACGGUUACAGACUAUGAUUGAUAGGUUUAAGGAAAACUUAACACAAAAACUUCAAUGGGACUUUACAGGCCUAGAUAAUGAUGAAGAAGAUGAAAGACCUGUCAUAGUUAAAUUAAAUACAGAAUAAAUACUUAAUUGUAGAUCUUAAUGUAAUUCUCAAAAAGUUAUCUAAAAUGCUACAAAAUAAAUAAUUUCUGACAUUAAGUUAUAUUAGACAUGUAAUCUAACAGAAAUUAAUUUUUGUGUACUGUGUAUACAAUAUACAUUAAAAGUAUAUUAAAACCUAAA